ACUUGCUUCUUCUCCAAGUACAACUCCUCUCCCUCCCCCUCCCCUUGGCCGGCCGCCACCGCCGCAGAGGUUGCUUCCUCCGCUCCGCCCCGUCUCCGCCGGAAUCCGCCAUUGUUUGCACGGGCGUGUCGACCAUGUCUGCGAUGCAAUCAUCGUAUCUUCCCGCUACCACCGAGUCGAUUGCGUUGGCUCAGGAGGCUAAGGAUGCCUCAGAGUCCAUUUCAAUCCUCUACCGUGUGCUCGAAGACUCGUCUUCUUCGUCAGAUGCAGUGAGGGUGAAAGAAGUUGCCAUUACGAAUCUGACAAGCUAUCUCACCAAAGAGAACAGAGCUGAGGAUCUCCGGAAUCUGUUGACCCAGCUCCGGCCAUUCUUCGCGCUGAUUCCCAAGGCAAAGACGGCAAAGAUUGUACGGGGUAUCAUCGACGCUGUUUCCAAGAUACCUGGAACAUCUGAGCUUCAGAUCUCGCUCUGCAAGGAGAUGGUGGAAUGGACGCGUGCAGAGAAGCGUACCUUCCUCAGGCAGCGCGUGGAGGCAAGGCUGGCGUCCCUUCUGUUGGAAAGUCAGGAGUACACUGAAGCGCUCACCCUUCUUUCUAGUCUUAUCAAGGAAGUGAGGAGGCUGGAUGACAAGUUGCUUCUUGUGGACAUUGACCUUCUGGAGAGCAAGCUCCAUUUCUCUCUGAGGAACCUGCCAAAGGCCAAAGCUUCUCUGACUGCCGCAAGAACCGCGGCGAAUGCCAUUUAUGUUCCGCCUGCGCAGCAGGGCACCAUUGAUCUGCAGAGCGGAAUCCUUCAUGCCGAGGAGAAGGAUUACAAGACUGCCUACAGCUACUUCUUUGAAGCAUUUGAAGGAUUCAACGCACUGGAGGAUCCAAAGGCCAUCUUCUGCUUGAAGUACAUGCUUCUGUGCAAGAUAAUGGUUAACCAUGCUGAUGAUGUUGCUGGAAUUAUCUCGUCCAAGGCAGGCCUGAAGUAUGUUGGUCCUGAUGUGGAUGCUAUGAAAGCUGUGGCUGAUGCCUACUCAAAGAGAUCUCUCAAGUACUUUGAAACCGCUCUUCGCGACUACAAGGCCCAGCUGGAGGAGGACCCAAUUGUCCACAGGCACCUCUCAUCUCUGUAUGAUACCCUCCUGGAGCAGAACCUCUGCAGGCUGAUUGAGCCGUACUCAAGGGUGGAGAUCGUGCACGUAGCGGAGAUGAUUGAGUUGCCCAUUGACCAUGUCGAGAAGAAGCUGUCACAGAUGAUCCUCGACAAGAAAUUCUCAGGGACCCUGGAUCAGGGUGCUGGUUGCCUCAUCAUCUUUGAGGACUCCAAGACGGAGGCCAUCUUCCCUGCUACGCUCGAAACGAUUUCAAAUGUGGGGAAGGUUGUGGAGAGCCUUUACAUGAGGUCGGCCAAGAUCAUGGCUUGAGGAGAUCUUUUAUUCUUUACUUGUUGUCUCUUGUUAAAACCUUACUUGAGAUCUGUUAAAGAGUCCUAAGGACAUGAUAUCAUGCGUAGCGCCAUUUCAUCCUUGCAAAUUGUUUUCUUUAAGCUAAAUGUCUCGUUCAUGGACAAGAAGGCACUGUUGCUUCUGCUUGAUGGAAAUACUGUUAACACUUGCCGAUAUAAACCCAUUUUCAUUUUUGUGAAAUAUGCAAUGUUAUGAAUUAGCAA